GUCAUUGCGCCGCUCGAAGCGGUGAUUGCGAGGAAGUCGUGUCGCUUCUUCGUCCCGCGUGAAGCAUCGUGGCUUGCGAGUCGUUGCUGGUCAUCUCAGCACUGGAAGAGAUCACUUUACCUCCCAGGCGAGAUGGAGCCAAUACGCUGGUUAGGGAGCGAGAUGCAUCGUCAGGGCGCGCGCUUACAAAAGGGAGAGGUCGAAUGUAUCUUGAUGCCCGACCUUCCCCUGCCUCCUCUCCCGAUCGCAUUGCCCAACGUUGCACUCACCAUCAUGCCCUUCCCCUGCCACCGCCUCUUCCACGUCGCCCUCGCUGGCCUCCUCUUGGCCAUCUGCUGGUGCUCGCUCUCCAUCGCAGCUCCAGCCUCGUCACCUACAACCAUCGAGCCAGGAACAGCCAAUGCUACGCUCACCGCUUCAGCAAAGAAGCGCGCAAACUCGGUUGGCCCUCCAUACAACUCCAAGGGGCAAGGCUGCUGCACGGGCGGAUACCGCGACCCGAACAAGUGCUGGAACGCCAACCGUGUGUAUUCGACGUGCAACGGGGCACGGGCUGAAGGCCAGGAGGAGAACGAAUUCGGGAUCCCGCUUCCCUCGCACGGCCCCCAUCGCUUAGCGCCUACCUAGCGUGCCACGCACUUUUUGGCAAAGCUUCUUGUUGCUCGAGUUGAAUCGUCGAUGGUGUGUCGCGAAUUGGGUGUAUGAGCCUCGCGCUUGCCUUUAUGCGGGAACGAAGGGACACGCCGAUCCCCGCACGCUCAC